AUGCACAUCCCCGAAAGCCUCCAGGACCUGGCUGACAGCGAAGCCGUGCAGUUUCUGAAGAGGCCAAAGACGAUCACGAGGAUCUUCGCAGGGAUCUUCGCCCUCAUCGUCUUCUCUGUCCUGCUGACCGACGGCUACCAGAACAAGACGGACUCUUCACAGCUCCACUGUGUCCUCAACAGCAACCAGAUGGCCUGCAGCUUGGCCGUGGGGGCCGGCCUCCUGGCCUUCUUCAGCUGCCUGGCCUUCCUGGCCCUGGAUGCCCAGGAGAGCCACAUCGCCUGCACCCGUUUCAGGACGGCCUUCCAGCUCCUGGACUUUAUCACGGCUGUCCUCUGGGCGGGCAUCUGGUUCCUGGGUUUCUGCUUCCUGGCCAACCAGUGGCAGCAUUCGCCACCCAAACACUUCCUCCUGGGAAACAGCAGCGCCAAGGCCGCCAUCACCUUCGCUUUCUUCUCCGUCCCCAUCUGGAUAUUCCAGGCCUACCUGGCCUUCCAGGACCUCCGCAACGACUCGCCCGUCCCCUACAAGCGCUCCCUGGAUGAAGGUGGAGUGGUGCUCACCACUCUCUCCCCACCCUCUGCCACCAGCCCUAUCAACACGCCCACCACAGGCCCCAACAACAUGAGUUAUGCCAGCUCCGCCUUGUCCCCCUAUCUGGCCACUGCAAAGGUCCCCCGCCUCGCUAUGAUGCCCGACAACUAG